AUGUCAUAUUUGUCAGAUUCAAAAACAUCUAGAAUUCAAGUGGCCAAACCAGUUGUAGAUUUAGAUGGAGAUGAAAUGACCCGCAUUAUCUGGUCGUGGAUUAAGGAAAAGCUUGUCUUGCCAUAUGUCAAUGUAGAAAUUUUGUACUAUGACCUGGGACUGCCCCAUAGAGAUGCUACUAAUGAUCAAGUAACCAUCGACGCUGCCUUAGCCAUAAAGAAACACAAUGUUGGAAUUAAAUGUGCCACAAUAACUCCCGAUGAAGAGAGAGUUAAAGAAUUUAAUCUUAAGAAAAUGUGGCUUAGUCCUAAUGGAACAAUAAGAAACAUCCUGGGUGGUACCGUGUUCAGAGAGCCAAUCAUUUGCAAGAAUAUUCCUAGGUUGGUUCCGGGCUGGAUCAAGCCAAUUACUAUCGGCCGUCAUGCUCAUGGAGACCAGUACAAGGCAACAGAUUAUGUAGCCAGAGGUCCUGGAAAACUUGAAUUAUGUUUCACUCCAGAAAAUGGAGAAGUGCAGAAGUUGGAAGUAUUUACUUUCAAAACAACUGGAGGAGUGGGACUGGCUAUGUACAAUACAGAUGAAUCCAUAACAGGGUUUGCCAACAGUUGCUUUCAGUAUGCACUGAAAAAAAAGUCUCCACUUUAUUUGAGUACCAAGAACACUAUUUUAAAGAAAUAUGAUGGAAGAUUUAAAGAUAUCUUCCAGGAAAUUUAUGAAAAAUCAUAUCAGAAGAGUUUUGAAUCAUCUGGCAUUUGGUAUGAGCACAGGUUGAUAGAUGACAUGGUGGCUCAAGCAUUGAAAUCAGCUGGUGGUUUUGUUUGGGCCUGCAAGAAUUAUGAUGGAGAUGUACAAUCGGACAUUGUUGCCCAAGGAUAUGGUUCAUUGGGACUGAUGACAAGCGUACUCAUGUGUCCAGAUGGAAAAACAAUGGAAGCCGAGGCCGCCCAUGGCACUGUAACACGUCACUACAGAGAAUAUCAGAAAGGAAAACCUACAAGUACCAAUCCCGUUGCCAGCAUUUUUGCAUGGACACGAGGCUUGGAACAUAGAGCUGUUUUGGAUGGAAAUGAAGAUUUGAAGCAUUGGUGCACUGGAAUUGAAAAAGCUUGCGUUGAUGUCAUUGAUUCUGGAAAAAUGACAAAAGAUCUGGCUGCCUGCAUAUAUGGAUUAAAAAACGUUAAAGAGGAGCACUACUUGAACACAGAAGAUUUUCUAAAUGCUGUGAAGGAGAAAUUUGACGCUGCCGAAGGAAAAUAA